AUGAAAGAGGAAAACAAGAGAGCCGCCGAGCUCAACGAUGAGGAACGAAUCGAAGUGCAUUCCUUCGAAAGAGGUAGAAGUACCGGUGCGGAUGCCAGGGCAGGUUCCAGAUGCGAGGAUGAACAAGAUAUUGAAAAGUGUGAGAUGUUAAGAUCGACCACGAGCACAUUUCUCAUGGACAUUGUUCAACAGCGAGCAUUAGCCGCUGCGGAUGAACAGGGUAGGGUCAACAGGGCCAACAUACCGGUGAGCGAAGACAGCGUCCAUCAUGAGAAUCAAGUUCAUGACCCCGACAAGAAGUCACGAACAAAACCAGGACAGGAGCUGGCGGUGGAGAACCAGAUUGAUGCCAACACCAAGGAAAGUGUAAUAACAAUGCUUGAAAGGAAUGGUACAUGUAAAACGGGGAUAGCAGCGUUCAUACAAGUACGAGGAGGAGAGGUUGGCGGUAGCAGGACCGAUCAACCGUGCACUGACCAAUCCCAACCCGGAGCCUACGCUGUUGCGCCUUUGCCGCCCCAAAACAACACUGAGAAUGGGCAAGAAAAUACUAUCCCAACCAGAGUUGAUAGCGGGAUGCAAAAUGAGGUGUCUGUCUGCCCGCUUCCUCCCGCCAAUACUUCAGGCCUUGUAGAGGCUGUCGAGGUGGAUGCCAACGACGAACACAUGAUUCAUGGUCUCGCAGAACCCGUCCCGGAACCAAAUCAGCAGCAAGAUGGGCCGUACCGAAAGAAGGUGCCGUGCCGCCUCUUGAUCAUUGCCGCGUUGCUAUGUAUGGUAGUGGCAAUUGUCGUACCUUGCACAGUUGCAAAAGGCAAAACCAACGAGGUGAUCCUCACAGCGUCCACCUCGACCUUGCGAUCCGCUGCCCCGUCGGCAGCCCCAUCUGCAGCACCAUCCGAUCAACUCGAUCAGCUCAUGGCAGAUUGGCUCGACGAUACGAAAUCCGAAUGUGAUUGGUACUCUGGCCUCUAUGGCAACUUUGUGGACAAGGACGUGUAUUUGCAAGCAGACGGGGGGUUGGCCUGCAAUGAAAGAGGUGAAUUCGAGAACCUCAUUCUUACGCAGGGGUCAUACUUGGGCUUUUCGAUUUCCCAUGUCUCCAUGCCGCGGGAAAUGUCGCUGUUGACAUCCUUGAAACGGAUGGAGUUUGGCAAAAAUGGUGGUCACAACUACACCCUGGCUGACGUGAUGCCUAGAGAAAUAUUUCAGCUGACCAACUUGGAACGACUUCGGAUCAAUAGUGAUGACCUAUUGCCUUCGUCGAUCCCCAGUGAAAUUGGACUGUUCACCAAACUGACUGACUUGGGGCUCUGGGAUAUCUCGUUGACGGGAUCUAUACCGUCCGAAGUUGGUCUUUUGACGAAACUCACUUGGCUUGGCUUGAUGCGAAGUCCAGACUUGACUGGUUCCAUUCCCAGCCAACUGGGAAAUUUGGCUUACAUGAAGGCUCUGAAACUUUCAGGCAACUCCUUGAGUGGACGCUUGCCUUCGGAGAUCGGUUUGAUAUCUGGGCUGAAGUCUUUCGAGGUGCAGGACAAUCGCAUAUCGGGCAGCAUUCCCAGUGAGCUGGCUGUGUUGAGGGAACUACAAGUACUUCGACUUGAUGACAACAACUUGACAGGCCAGCUGCCAGAGGAACUAGCCUGGGCACACGAAAACAGAUCCAAACGCUGGGUCACUGUAGAAGGCAACGACGAGUUGUCGGGAGCUGUUCCAGAGGAGCUAUGCAAGCUGAAUGCCGAUAAAACUUGCGAGUUUUUAGUGCCUCAAGGUCCAAGUAACGAACCCGUUCGAGUUUUUUGUGGUUUUGACUUUGAUUGUACUACGUCCCUCUGUGGUUGUGCUGCUUGCUCGUGUUCAAGCACCUGA